AUGCUGUCGAGCUCUGUCCCAGUCAAAGCUACCAUAUUCAGCGAGUGGCAUGAUUCUCGUCUUGUCCCAUGGAAGCACUUUGUGCCAAUACAGAACCACUUCGAGGAUAUCUGGGGUGUACUGGACUACUUCCUGCCUGGCUGCUUACUCGACCCAGGCCAUGACACCAGCAGCUCGACUGGCAAACAGGACUGUGCGGGACAUGACGGGGUAGCGGAACGGAUCGGCCUUGAUGGGAGCCAAUGGGCGCAGCAGACUCUUCGCAAGGACGAUAUGAUCUUGUACCUCUUCCGGUUGCUGCUGGAGUUUGCAAGGCUUUUGCACGGACAUCAAAGAAGGGAGGUUGAUGUUUGUGGCGACAGGGGGACUGAUUAGUAAAAAAGGUGUGGAUUAGCGCGAAUGCCCUGCAUUAGAAUCCAACCGAAAACCUUUCCAACCUGGUGAAGGGGAGAUUACGAGCUGCUACGAAAUGACCUUUUGUGGUGAUCUCUUAAUUAUCUGAAAUUCAGUUCUCUACUCGUCAAUCUGCACUGCACGUGCUACAACUGAGACUGAGCAUUAUAGCUGGUCUAUAGGGAAGCUAGUAGCAGGAAACGAACGACCACCAUUCUUAUCACCGCUUAGCGACCUCGCUCUUCUGUAAGCUCCGCAAUUGCAUGAGACAUCGGCUCUUUGACCUGUGUUCUUCGACUAAUCUCUGACAGGGUCCUCAUGACACAGGAAAUCGAUCAAACGCCUCUGUUGAUGGGCCAGCACGUGGAUGAUCUGUCUGGCGAUGAAAAAGAGAGACUGCAGGAUAGAGGACUGGAUAAUAGAGUCUUUCGGAGGUUCAAACUCCUACUGGUCACUGUUUGGGCACUCUUUGCGCUUUGGGGCGCCAUAGAUUUGGGAAGGCGGGUGGUUCACGUACUGGUUAUGCGUGUGCCACUCCUGGCCCAGGUUGAGAAUCCCUGUGCUGGUUGUGGUGAGACGUUCGAAGAGUCCAUCUCUCGAGGAUGCAAAUACGACUGGGUUGUGGGUCAAUGGCAGCAGCCCCAUUGUGUCGACGAAGACCUGGACAACGAAUUUCGUGAGGUCGCAAUAUUCAAUGCAUCCUGGCCUCUCUACUUCGACAGCGAAGGCAAAGAGCCUGUGCCUCUCGAUGUACUGCUCAAUAUCCCAUUCCCGACUGUCUGGCAGACGCGUGGAUACCACUUUUGGCAUUGUAUCUUCACUUGGCGGAAGGAGUGGCGCGCGUUCACAAUGCAGAAAUCGACGCUGGAUCCAUACGUCUCUGGCGAAAAACACGUCAUGCAUUGUGCAGACGUACUCAUAGGCAACCAAAGAUUGGAUGAGAUACCUUGA